UGGCUGAUUCCGUUCAAGCCAGUCACGCUUCGCCUCGCUGGCCCUCACCGUGGCAGCCCCAUCCCCAUCUCAGGUCUUCUUCUUCAAUCUUCGAUCAGUCGACCCUUGGUGCUGUGCUCGUGAAGUCGUGCUCUCCUCCGUCGCCAAUCAGUCGAGCGCAGACCUUCUCCUUCAUCUUCUCCGCGGUGCCCAAACUCAGCUUGCGAAGUCGGGCUCUGCUCUUGGUUGUUGGCUUGUUGCUUAGCUCUCGUUCAGGCUUUCCUCGAGUGCUCACCGUCGAUCGCUUGUGCUCAGCCUGGAUUUUGGAUGUGCAGCAGCAGAGGAGGUGAAUUUAUUACUGUCUACAAGUGGAUUUUAUCAAUCUGAACCUAGUUCUAGUUUCUUUCCUUGUGGAACUUGAUUAAUUAUAAAGAAUAUGGACUAAACUAUAGAUUUGUAUGGCUUGAGAGAGGUCAGUCAAGGUAACUAGAAUUUUCAAUUCAUUCUUUAAUUGUGUAAGACCAUUUGACCAGGAGGAGAUUAUAUUGAAGUCUUGAUUGGUGUUGCUGUCCUUUAGUGCUAGCAAUGUCUUGCUGUUGAUUUUUAUUUUGUUAGUUGUAUUGUGUUGCGUUGUUGCAUUCAUUGGUGAUGUCAUUAUGUUGUGUUGUAUUGUUCUAUAUUCUAUUAUUAGUGUGCUGAUUGUCUGGACUUUGAAGGCUCAGUUUUUAGAUGAAAUUCUUUAGAAUAAUUUUUAUUUGGAUUUAUCACAGGUUUUAAUUUCAUUUUAAUUUUAAUUACAUGUAGGCUUUAAAUAGCAUCAAAGUCUAUUCAGAAUCUAAAAUAUGUAGGCUUUGAAGCUUACUCAAAGUAGGCUCGAAGCUUACUUAAAGCCGUUUUGGCCUAAAUUCAUUAGCUUUUUUAAAGGCCUACAUAUGAAGUAGGCCUUUUAAAAAGGCUUUAAGCUAGGCUAGGCCUAUCAUUGGCUCAGCCUUGAGCCUUGAAAAAAAAAAAAAAACCUAUGUGCAAGCUCUGGCUUGAGGCCUCUGUUACAGGCUCAAGCUUGUUUGGUCAAAGUUUGGACUUGCGUGGUUUAUUCUCAUCCCUAAGUCUAAAGCCUCUUUGGAGGCCUAUUUUUCGAAACAGUGAGUGACGUCGUGGCCACGUGCUCUUCUUCAAACGCCAUUUCAUAGACCUCCUUUGAUCAAAGCUUCUUCUCCUUCAAACUUUUAUUCCAGAUCUGUAAGUCAUCAUCCUUGGUCACCAUUACGGUCCUUCAGUUCUGUGAAAUUUGAAGAAUUGUUGCUCUCAGUCCUUCUGGCUUCUGUUGUGCUUGUGGUUUCUCUAUCCCUGUUCUCCUUCCAUUGUGCUCAUCAUGCUUAUGGCUUCUGGUGACAAAACUGCAACAGCUUCCAGGUGUGGGCACUCUUCUUUCCCUGUCAGCUGCGAAGCUCAGCUCUGCCCUUAAUUGUAUUUCAUUAUUGCUGUGGUUCAUUACCUGCAAGUAGGGUGACAUAGCAUGUGAUGAAGAGCAGGGUUUGUACAGAUAAGUAGGGCACAACCGCAUGGCAUGGCAUAAUAUGACCCGCCAAGUCCCAAAAUGCCAAACCUAAGAAAUGUUACCAAGGAAAGCCAUCAAACACCUUCAGUGCCCUUGUUAUUCUUUUCUCAAAACUCUUUCUUCAAUUCCCUUUGUUUCUUCUCUUUCCACCGGUUCACUGCAACAGCCAUCUCUGAAAACUUUGAACCAAAUCCAACUCCCAAACUGCCAUGAACACAAAGACCAGGACCCUUACUCUUUGCUCAAAGAAGAUCCCAUUGAUAUAUGCAGCUCAUUGUGGGUCAAAACCUUCUCCUCCCUGCCAGACACUACCUUCCCUAACCUCAGUGGCUUCCUCUCCAAAUUCGACCUUUGGGUUUUGGCCUACCAGCGAUGUUGUGCCCAUGUGACAGGUACCUUUCCUCCCCGAAAUGCUAUUCAUUCUCAUGUUCUAAGGGACCUGCUUUCUCUUCGGAAUGCCGUUGUUCAUGGACAGUUUGCAUGGAACAGGAAGACCCAACAAUUCAUUCGCAGCCCUAAUGACAAGCCUCUAAUGAGGCCCUUGUCUAAGCGCAAGCUUCAAGCAAUUCUAGAGUCCAGUGAACCUUGUUUUCAGGACAGGGUCGUCCAAGAGGUGUUGUUUUUUAUUUUAGAGCCUAUUUUUGAAUCUCGGUUUUCUCCAAAGUCACAUGCUUUUCGACCUGGCCGAAGUGCGCACACAGUUAUUCGCACAAUUCGGAGUAAUUUUGCAGGUUAUUUAUGGUUUUUGAAGGGUAAUUUGAGUGAGAUUUUGGAAAAUGUGGAUAGAAAUGUAAUAAUGGGUUGUCUUGAAAAGGCCAUUAAGGAUAGAAAAGUAUUGGGUUUGAUCAAAUCUGCACUUAGAGAGCCAGUGAGAUGUGAGUCACAUGAUGAAACUGAAGAGUCGAAGAAGGAUAAGAAAAGGAAAGGUACCAAGAAGAAGAUUCUCAAUGAGAAUGAGCCAAAGCCAGACCCAUAUUGGUUAAGGACAUUCUACAAUUUUGCUCCGGAAGAGGCUGCUAAGGUACCCUCUUUUGGUCAUUGUGGAAUUUUAAGUCCUUUAAUUGCUAAUAUUUGCCUUAAUGAAUUGGAUCAUAUGAUGGAAGGAUUAAUAAUUGAGUUUUUCAGACCGUGCAAGUCUGAUUCAAUAUGGAAAUAUUCAAUUGAUGAUAGCUGUCAUAAUCCUGCUUGGCCGGAGUUUGUUCCAUCUAGUGGCAAAGAAAAAACUCGGAAGAUGGAUUACAUAAGAUAUGGAGGUUAUUUUCUAAUUGGGAUCCGAGGUCCUAGGGAGGAUGCCAUAGAAAUUAGGAAGGAAGUUAUUAAAUUUUCUGAGGAUGUGUUUGGGAUACGGUUGGAUAAUUCAAAGGUGGAGAUCGAACAUAUAACGAGGGGAAUACAAUUCUUGGACCAUAUAAUAUGUCGAAGGGUGAUACAUCCUACCUUACGUUACACAUCUUCUGGAGGCAAUAUAGUGAGUGAAAAGGGCGUGGGGACUUUGCUUUCAGUGACUGCUAGUUUGCAACAAUGCAUUCGCCAGUUUCGGAGGCUUGAGUUGGUAAAGGGAGAUAAAGACCCUGAACCAUUGCCAUGUACUCCUAUGUUGUAUUCAAGUCAAGCUCAUACGAACUCCCAGAUGAAUAAAUUUCUUGAGACCAUAGCCGAUUGGUAUAGAUAUGCUGACAACCGUAAGAAAGUUGUUGGGUUUUGUGCGUAUGUAAUUCGUAGCUCAUUGGCUAAGUUGUAUGCUGCUAGGUAUAGGCUAAAGUCUCGCGCCAAGGUGUAUGGAAUAGCUUCACGGAAUCUUAGUCAACCUUUGAGAGGGAGUAGUAACAAUUCUGCUCCUGAAUAUUCUGACCUUUUGAGGAUGGGGCUGGUGGAUGCAAUUGAAGGUGUUCAGUUUUCACAGAUGUCACUAAUUCCUUCUUGUGAUUACACUCCAUUCCCAAGGAACUGGAUCCCAGAGCAUGAGCAGGUGUUACAUGAAUAUAUAAAACUUGAUAAUCCGAAGGCCUUUUUUGACUUGCUCAGGUCCAUUAAACAAGAAGGUUUGAGUCUUCCUCAAGAUGAAAUAUCUCAAAUGAUAUGGGAUUAUAAGACUCUUGGGAUUCGUCAUUUUCAAUUAGAUGGAGAUAAAGAAAGAAAAGAAGAUUUAGAAGAGGCACCUGGGUAAGUUUGUCAGUGAUUAAGUUAGUGAAAUCUCCCUAUUUAAAGUUUGCACCACAAGUUUGUCAGUGAUUAAAGGCCAUUUACUGCUUUUCUCCAUUUCUUGUAAGAAAGUAUUGCCCUUGCGGGCACUAUCUACAUAUCUGAUGGGAUGCAUCCACUGCAUGGUUGCAAAUGAGAUGAGGUUGUUGUAAUUGGAUUGACAUUAUAGAACAGGCUGAAGUGUCAUCGUUGUGGUAUUUCACUGAAUGCAUCAGGCUAAUACAUGCCUAGGCGCUAGUGUUGCUUGGACACUGGUGUGGGAUUUGUUGACAUUGUGACUGUUAAUGUUUUCAGACAUCCACCACUUACAGAUUGGUGUCUUGCAAGAUUUGACGAAUUUGUUUCACCUACAGAUUUCUGUAACUGAAAAGAAUGGCCAUGAAGUAUUUGAGAGGAAUUUUUGGGACAUUGAGAGUCUAAGGUUAUAAUAUCUUUGGAAUAAAAAGUCAUCUUGAUAUACUACUGGUAAUUGGUUGUUCAAGUUGAUGAAUUGCUGGAAUUCUUUUUGGAUAUUUGUGCUGCUUGACUAACUACAGGAGAAGAUUCACGAUUCUUCAAAAGCAUUUUUGGCAAGAGGUUAUGAUAAUAGCCUGAGAAGCAUAUAUAAUGAAACUAAUAAUAAUUGUGGGUUGACCCAUAAGCUUAUAGCUGCUUGUUUUAUAGAACAUGGACAACACCGUUGCAUAUGGGGUGACUUUGCAACCAAUUAAUGGAGAGGAUAAAGUCUGCACAAAUCUGUCCUGAACUUCCCAUUUGCUUCUCUGUAACAAAUCUGAAGUGAGGAUUUGAACUUAAUAAUGCUAAACAGUGUUUCUUCUGCUAGCGCAUGAUAAAUAUUUGCUUCUGUUCAA